UAUGUUUCUUUUCCUUGCAAUAAACAAGAUGGGAAUUAUAGAACAUUAUCUUAUUAUUACAAAGUUAAUUUAACCUACUCAUGAGUACAUCUAAACUCUUCAGGCAUUGACAAAAAACAACCAUUAUAUACGGAUACAAGAAACUUUCUUCACAAACAUCACGUGGAAAUUAAACACAUAUGUCAACAGUGAUUGUUUAUACGUAAGAGACGAUUUGAAUUAAGAACAGCAUGGAUAAAUAUGUGCAAGAAUAAAAUUGAUCUUAAAAAAAAAACCAUUCAACAGGUACCAGAAUGAUGGUGUUUUUCAAACGGAUCUAAAGUCUUGACGUAGUUUUACGAAUAAAAUACUCUAAAGAAUCAUUUUGACGAGACGAUUCAUAUAAGAAUAUUAUCUUGUGGUGUUCAAAAGAAUACAUUGUGAGUCUUUUUUUCAAAAAAGAGAGGACACGGACGAGGAACUUCUUCUUUGUUUAAUAACGCCGUUUGUGUCAUCAACGAUGACGUCAUUCGCGUUUAUGUGCAUCUACAUUGGCUAUUUCAUUUACGUACAGUCCUACGAUCAGUUGGUGAGACCCGGAGUUACGGAGGCUGUGAGUAGUUCUGUAGGAUGGGGAGGAUAUCCAAACAAGACAGUGGACGGAGACAAGACACAAAGUGAUUACACGUACUGCAUGUACGCAUCACCCUGGUCAAUAGAGGCGUGGCUCAGAGUUGACUUAGGACGGGUCUACAAUCUGAAAUCGGUUAAAAUAUGGAAUAGUCAAUUAUCUAAACUAAGAUUACAAGGAUUCUCCAUCCGCCUGUCCAGCACGUCUACCCUUGUCGUCCCCAGUAACACCUGUUACCAGGAUCCUGGAAACCAAACUCUGCCUGCCGUGUUUGAGAGAGAUUGCCAGGGAGCGGCCCGAUAUGUUUGGUUCUAUACAAACCAGGACAAUGGCUUUGGGGUGAGACUGGCGAUAUGUGAAGUUGAGGUAUACGGAUGUCGGUCUCCUUAUUACGGUGGAAAUUGUACAGAAAGGUGUGGUCAUUGCAGAGGUAGAGAACUCUGUCAUAUCAUCAACGGUUCUUGUGCUGGGUCAUGUGAACGAGGAUAUCAAGGACAGAAAUGUAACACGGCAUGUCGGCCUCCAUACUACGGAAGAAAUUGUAGUCGAAAGUGUGGUCAUUGCGGACUCCAGGAACCCUGUCAUCAUAUCAACGGAUCCUGUCCUAGAUCAUGUGAACCUGGAUAUCGAGGACAUAGAUGUAACGUGGAAUGCGUUAAGGGUACUUUUGGAAUGAACUGUAGAAAUAAAUGUAGCGGUCACUGUAUUGGAGGUUUACCGUGUAGAAACACAGACGGUGUGUGUCCUCAAGGGUGUAUGGAUGGAUGGACAAAUUCCUACUGCAAUGAAAUAUGUCAGCCUCAAUACUAUGGUAGAAAUUGUAGCGAAAGGUGUGGUCAUUGCGGACUCCAGGAACCCUGUCAUCAUAUCAACGGAUCCUGUCCUAGAUCAUGUGAACCUGGAUAUCUAGGACAUAGAUGUAACAUAGAAUGCGUUAAGAGUACUUUUGGAAUAAACUGUAGAAAUAAAUGUAGCGGUCACUGUAUUGGAGGUUUACCGUGUAGAAACACAGACGGUGUGUGUCCUCAAGGGUGUAUGGAUGGAUGGACAAAUUCCUACUGCAAUGAAACAUGCCAGCCUCGAUAUUACGGUGGAAAUUGUAGAGAAAGAUGUGGUCAUUGCGGAGGUGGAGAAUCCUGUCAUCACAUUACCGGAUCCUGUCCUGGAUCAUGUGAAUCUGGAUAUCGAGGACAGAAAUGUGACAAAGCUUGCAAAAAAGGAUUGUACGGUGCCAAUUGUCUUUAUGUCUGUGGGCAUUGUGCAGGGAAUGUAACAUGUGAUCACGUGGAUGGAUCUUGUCCUUCUGGGUAUUGUGCACCAGGAUGGAAGCACACAUCUGAUCGGAAAUGCGACCAAGAGUGUGAUGAUGGGACUUUUGGAUACAACUGUAUGGUGACUUGCAGUGGUCACUGUCCUGAUGGAUUACCGUGUAGUAAAACAGACGGCCUGUGUCCUGGGGGCUGUAUGGAAGGAUGGAGAAAUCCUUAUUGCAAUGAAAGGGAUGACCCCAGAACCUCCGGAUCUCUGUGUAAUUCGCUUUGUACUAAUGUGUGUAACGCUGUUUGCAAGAAGCAAAUCGGGAAUUAAGAGAAGAUCGUGAACUAUGUACAAACAGUAACAUAGGUGCUUUACAUUUCGUAACAAUAUUUCUUGUAUAUUGAUAUGUUUAUUAUUACAUUACACGUCUUUUACGGUA